AUGUUUUGUUCAUUGCGCUUGCCACCGGACAAAAGAUGGGUACAAAUACCGUUCUUUUAUAAUUCUUCGAAAUAUUUUCAACGUUUCGCAACAGAAUACUCGGAAGCACCAGUAGACCACUCGACACACUAUCAAUUUGUCCAAGAAUGCUAUAGAAUUCUUGAAGUUGACUCGGCUUGCAACGAUGAGGCAUUCAUUCGAAAAGCGUAUUUGCAAAAAGCCAAACAAUUUCAUCCAGAUUCAUUUAGUGGAAUGGCCGAUGAAAACAAAUUUAGACAAAUUCAACAAGCUUAUGAAACAGUGCUGGAGUCAUUAAAAGUCGAAUCUGAGACUACUUACGAUCGAAUCGAAGAGAUUAGAGUGAAAUGGGAUAUUCGACAUACAGCACCACAACAUCGACAAUAUUUGGAAUAUGGAGGAAUAGGUACAGGGACACCUAGUCAACGUCAAGCUCAUUAUUUCAAAUUUCGUGCUGAGCAAGCGUGGGAACAUGUUGCUGAUUACAAACGAGAUAAAAUAAUUGAGAAGGAUCAAUUGAUGACAAAAGAAAUGAUCGAUCGAAAAAAAUCAAAAGACAUUAAAACUACUAAUUUUAUUGAACGUUUAGUUGAAGAUUUAAUUCAAGAAUCAAUGUCUCGUGGUGAUUUUAAUAAUAUUCGUUCUUCUGGUAAACCUCAGCAUGAUCGUAAUCCUCACUAUAUGGAUUUUACUACGUACAAAAUAAAUGAAAUACUUAUCGAUAAUGGAUAUGUACCUGAAUGGAUUCAAUUAGAGAAAGAAGUGAGACAAUCAAUUGAUGAGGCGAGAAUAAAUUUAAAGCGAACAUUUAAAGCAAUGGCAACCGAUGAAACAUCAACAACAACAACAACAACAACCAAAAAUCUGAUAAAUAAUGAUAAAUGGACAGAUGCAACAUCAAAAUUCAAGGAAAAUAUUCGAGAGAUUAAUCAAAUAAUAAACAAGUUAAAUUUAAUUGUACCGAUGUUAUGGAGACAACAGGUCCAUUACAAUGCUGAACGUGAAAUUGAAAAAAUUCUUCUCCUUGAUCCAUCUACAAUUGUCUUACCUCCUACCGAAGAAGAGAUUACCCAACGACAAUUGAUGUUAAUGAAUGAAAAUAAUAAUUUUGGACAAUAUAAACAGCCGGAGAAAUAUUCGAUAAUGGAAAAUGAUUUACAUGAUUAUAUAUUAGCAACAACAAUGUCAUCACCAAUAGUAUCAGCCAUUUCUCGUCCAACUCCACCGAUAAUGACCAUAACUCCAAUAACAUCUUUCGAUAAUAUCACAUCUGAUUUACAAUCAAUUUUACUGGGUAAUCAGAGUCCUCCAUUUACAUUUGAUGAAAGUAUUUUGACUACAUCUAAUCCAGAACAAUGGAACGAUGGUGAUGUUAUAGUCGAACUAGACAAUCUAAGUAUGUUAAGUCAGAUAUGUGAUGGGCUACCAAGACUUCCUGAACAACAACGAUUAGCACAACAACAAUUAGAACAACAAAAAUUAAAAACGAUUACAGCACAACAACAACAACAACAACAAAAGUUAGCCAAUAUACUAGACAUACAUCACAUGAAAUCACAACAACAGCAACAAACAAUCAUACAAAAAACACUAGAUGAAACAAUAUUUAAUCAACCUUCAUCAUCGUAUGAAUAUUACACAUUUGAGUUAAGUUUUUCUGAUUUGUUAACGUUUUGGCACUUUUAUGAUCAAUUGUACAUUGAACAAUUUUUACAUAAUCAAUCAUAUCCAACAACAAUUAUUGAUCAGGCCAUAAAAAGUUUGUCCGUAUUAGAAUUAGAUUUUAAAAUACCAUUGCCCACAAAAAGUUUACAAUCUUUAAAAAGAUUAAAUUCAAAUGAACAAGAUAAAUUAUUACAAGAAUUAACAUUUACAACAAAUUAUGAUCAAAAUUAUUAUAAAUCAGAUGAUGUAAGUAGUAUGAAAUCCUAUGAAAUAACAAAAUGUCCAACAACUCCUACCGAUGAAAUGAUUGAUUUGGAUUCUGUUGUUUGGCAAACACCACCCUCGACCACUUCUUCUCUUAUUCCUUGUUCAACAUCUUCAUCUUCUGCUAUUCAGUCAACAUCAAAUCUUCUAGAUCCAACAGCUUACAUCACAAACAUUAAUGGUAUUCUAGAAAAUUUAAAGGCUGGUCUAUCAAUAUCGGCUGAAUAUCCUCCAUUGAUGUCGCAUGCAUCAGAUUCAUUCGAUUAUCUAUUCAGUCGUGAUCCAAUGAUAAUGGGCGUAUCUGAUUUAUUAGCUGAACCACAACAACAACAACAACAGCAGCAACAACAACAACAACAACCUCGUUCAUCACUAACAAAUAAUCGUCUCAUCACAAUAUCUACCAUUAACAAUGUGGAAAUUCCCUCAGUUUUAAUAGAUGAUGUCAUUCAUAUUCGUCUUGUCGACUUAUCAAAACAAUUACUAAAUAAUAUUCAAUUAUCAGUAAUAAAACAUUAUGCAAAACAAUUUCAAUGUACCAUUGUUCAAUGUCAAGAAUUUUUAAGAGAUUUUUUAAUUCGUAAUAAUCGUCAAGCAUCAACGAGUCGUUCAUGUUUUUGUUUGAAAUAUGAAGAUUGUAUGAAAAUUUAUCAAGAAUUAAUUCAACAUUUACCAUCACUUUUAAAUCCAGCAAAACAACAACAAAAUGAAAUGAUUGUUAAUAAUAAACGAAAACAUUCAGAAAAAUCUUGGGCACUACCAUCUAAAAAACGAUUAAAACAACAGCAACAACAAAAUGUUGCCUAUCAUUUGAUGCACGAUCACGAUUAUUUAGCCGAACAUAAUAUGCACUUUCUAAUGAUAAAUACUAAUUCUAUGAACAAUAAUAAUAAACGGAAGGGUGCUAAACCAAUGAUAAAAACGAUUUUACCAGUUAUUGAACGACUGGUACCACCAUUACUACCUCAGCCUCUAGUCACAUUGCCGACUUCAAUAAGUGUCGAUCGUCCAAUUAUUACCACUCUGUCUUUGUCUCCAACUUCCAUGGCUCUACCUUAUAUUAUUGAGAAUGAUGAUAUUACGGUGCUCUCAUUGCCUUCUACCCCUGUAUCACAAUCAAAAUUACCAACAAAAAUUGAUCUUAUUUUAUUAAAAUUAAAAGAUUAUUUUCAAACAUUAGCGAGCGAAUCUCUGACUACUACUACUACUGCUCGUUUUAAUUUAACCAUUAAAAAACUACAUCUAUAUGACUCGUAUAAAACGGACAUGUUUUUAUUUAUUGUUAAUUCUCCACUAUUGAUUAUUUCACAGACCUAUCUCGAAUAUAUUUUAUUCUAUUUGAAUAAACGUCAAUCUAGUCAGAUUUCACCGUGGAGCAUUAUUGAAUGGUACCAUUUAGAUACGUGUAAAACAUAA